AUGCCGACCACUGGGCUCUUUGAGCAUGACCUCCACAGGAUCGAACCCUCUCAGCACCACCUUGAUAUCGACACGGCCCAAACCAGCCAGUCAGACGCCGAGGUGUCUAUAGGUGAAGAGAUCAAUGAGCUUGCCAGACGCCUGACAAGCGUGUCUCAUAACGGAGGUCGAGGCCACUCGUUGUUUCCUGAGCCAUCCGACAAGACCCUCGAUCCAAACAACCCCGACUUCGAUGCACGAGCAUGGGCCACUGAGUUUUACAGGGUCCAGACCCAGGCUCUGCUUGGCAAUGCCCCUAACACGGCCGGGAUAGCCUUCAAGGACCUCAAUGUCUAUGGUCUGGGUACAACGAUGGAUUACCAGAAGAAUGUUGGCAACUUCUUUCUCGACUACGCCUCGGUAUUCUCGCCAUCCAAGAAGCAACAGCGUAUCGACAUUCUGCACGAGUUGGAAGGUGUCGUCCAAAAUGGCGAGAUGUUGGCGGUGUUGGGACCCCCUGGAUCCGGAUGUACAACUCUUCUGAAGACAAUCGCUGGCGAUACCCACGGCUUCUACGUUGCUGAUGGAGCAACUCUCAACUACCAGGGUAUAUCAACUGAGGAUAUGCGGACAACAUUCAGAGGUGAGGCCAUCUACACAGCAGAGUUCGAUCACCACUUUCCCUACCUCACCGUCGGCGAGACACUCUACUUUGCAGCCAGAGCAAGAUGUCCACAGAACAUGGAUCUCCCGGACAACAUCUCCAAGCACCAGUACGCUGAACACUUGCGGGACGUUGUCAUGGCGAUGCUUGGGAUUUCUCACACCAAGAAUACCCGAGUUGGAGACGACUUCGUCCGCGGCGUUAGUGGUGGCGAGAGAAAGCGAGUUAGUAUCGCCGAGGCCGUCUUGAGCUAUGCGCCACUCCAGUGCUGGGACAACAGCACCAGAGGACUGGAUUCGGCGAACGCAAUCGAGUUUUGUCGGACUCUUCGCAUGCAGGCGGACAUCUUCCGUUGUAGCUCGUGCGUGGCCAUCUACCAGGCGCCUCAGGAGGCCUACGAUCUUUUUGAUAAGGUUGUCGUGCUCUACGAGGGUCGUCAGAUCUAUUUCGGAAAGGCGACUAAUGCGAAGGCAUACUUCGAAGGCCUUGGGUUCCAGUGCCCCGAUCAAAAGACUACCGCCGACUUCCUGACUUCCAUGACAAGUCCUUCCGAGAGGGUAAUUCAUCCUGGUUGGAAGGGGAAAACGCCACCUCGGAGUUCUCACGAGUUUUCUCAAGCAUGGAAAGAGAGCCGGGACCGUCAACUGCUACUAAACGAGAUCGAUCGUUUCGAGAGUCAGUUUCCGCUCGGAGGCGAGACUCAUGCCAACUUCCUCGCUACGCGAAGAGCACAUCAAUCCAAGCAAACACGAUCUUCCUCGCCUUUCACGUUAUCCUAUUUCCAGCAAGUCAACCUCAAUCUCUGGCGGAGCUUCAAGCUGUUAGUCAGCGAGCCAUGGAUGACGAUCACCAUGUUGUCGACGAACUUCUUCGAGUCCCUCAUCAUUUCGAGUAUCUUUUACAACCUGCCUGCCGAUUCGUCCACCCUCUACAGUCGCAAUCUUCUGAUCUUCUACACUAUUCUCAUCAACGCGAUGGGUAGCAUCCUCGAAAUCCUCACUCUUUACGGCAAAAGAAAGAUCAUCGAAAAACAUGCGCGAUAUGCCCUCUAUCACCCUAGCAGCGAAGCAGUUGCUGCCAUGCUCGUCGAUCUUCCCUACAAGCUCCUGAACGCCUUGGCCAUCAACGUUCCGAUCUACUUCAUGACGAAUCUCCGACGCGAAGACCCGGGACCAUUCUUCUUCUUUCUGCUGCUCUCUUUCACCAUCACGGUCUCCAUGUCCAUGAUCUUCCGCUUCCUCGGCUCCAUCACCAAGACAAUUGCGCAAGCGUUGGCACCUUCGUCCAUUAUCUUAUUGGUGCUCAUGCUCUUUAGCGGGUUUGCCAUACCGCAAGCCUAUCUCCAUGAUUGGAUCGGGUGGCUGCGCUGGGUGAAUCCCGUAUUCUACGCGCAAGAGAGUCUGGCUUUGAACGAGCUCGUCGGAAGGAACUUCAGCUGCGCCCAGUUUGUUCCAUCUGGCCCGGGAUACGUCUCGUCGGCCUCGCAACGCGUUUGCGACAUUGGCGGCGCGGCCCCAGGCGCAAACUUUGUCAGUGGCGAGGAACAUCUUCGGGUCGUGUACGACUUUUACAGCAGCCAUCGCUGGAGGAAUUUUGGCAUUUUGAUGGCACUUACGAUCGUCUUCAUGCUUCUGUACCUCUUUGCCGUCGAAUGGGUAUCAUCCGAGAGAUCAAAGGGUGAAGUCUUGGUUUUCACUCGCAGUGCCCUCAAGAAGGUCAAGAGAACUACGGAAGACCUUGAAAACACAACAGACAGGGGAUCUCAACCGGCUAUCCAGAGCGGCAACGACAGUGAGGGUCCCGAUCUUGCCAAACAGACCUCCAUCUUUCAUUGGCAGAAUGUGAGCUACGAAGUCAACGUUAAAGGCGAAACUCGAAAGAUCCUCCAGAACGUCGAUGGCUGGGUUCGACCAGGAACCUUGACGGCAUUGAUGGGCGUCUCCGGAGCUGGUAAGACCAGUCUGCUUGAUGUGCUUGCCAGUCGUGUGACCAUGGGUGUUGUCAGCGGUCAGAUGCUCGUUGAUGGGCACCUCCGAGAUUCUUCGUUCCAGCGCAAGACGGGAUACGUAACCCAGCAAGACCUCCACCUCCAUACCGCGACUGUUAGAGAGGCCUUGAGCUUCAGCGCCCUGCUACGUCAGCCCCAGCGAUACAGUCGCGAUGAGAAACUGGCUUAUGUCGAUACGGUCAUCGAUUUGCUGGGUAUGCAGGAAUACGCUGAUGCCGUGAUCGGCGAGCUGGGUGAAGGCUUGAAUGUUGAACAGCGCAAACGCUUAACCAUAGGCGUUGAGCUUGUCGCGAGACCACAGUUGCUUCUAUUCCUUGACGAACCGACAUCCGGCCUGGAUAGUCAAACAUCUUGGUCCAUCUGUGACUUGAUGGAAAAGCUGACAAGAAAUGGGCAAGCAAUUCUCUGCACAAUUCAUCAACCAUCGGCAUCCCUUUUUCAGAGGUUUGACCGGCUGCUCCUCCUGGCGAAGGGCGGUCGCACGGUUUACUUCGGCGACAUAGGCCAGAACUCGCACAUUCUCGUUGACUACUUCAGUCGGCACGGCGCUGCGACCUACCAGGACGGUUCGAACCCUGCCGAGUACAUGCUCGAAGUGAUAGGGGCUGCUCCGAAGGCACAUACCGAUAUCGACUGGCCAUCUGUUUGGAGGGAGAGUGAGGAAUACCAGGCCGUUCAGAACGAACUCGCAAGACUCUCAGGCGUUUCCAACGAGAAGACCAGUCUCUCAAACGACGAUGCUCACGAUCCUUCGGCAUACGCAGAGUUUGCAGCGGACUUCCGGACCCAAGUCCUCCAAGUCACGACCAGGGUGUUUCAACAGUACUGGCGAAGCCCGUUGUACAUCCUUUCGAAGUCGAUUCUGACUUUUGGCUCAGCACUUUUCAUCGGGCUGGCGCUUACUGGCGGCGAAAACUCAGAGCGCGGCCUCCAGAACCAGAUGUUUGGCGUCUACAUCUUCCUCUUCAUCUUCACGCAAAUGGUCCAACAGAUCAUGCCCGUGUUCGUGUCACAACGAAUCAUGUAUGAGGCUCGAGAAAGGCCUGCGAAGGCUUAUUCUUGGAAAGCUUUCAUCGCAGCUAACGUAAUGGUGGAAAUGGCUUGGAACUCGAUUAUGGCAGUACUUGCCUUUCUGCUGUGGUAUUUUCCGAUGAGACUCGACCGGAAUGCCGAAUGGACCAACACUGUCCACUCGCGGGCUAUCGCUCUAUUCCUGAUGUGCUGGGCCUUCUUCUUGCUCGCCAGCACUUUCGCUCAUCUCCUCAUCGCCGGGCUUGGCAGCGCCGAGGUCGCGGGUGGAAUUCUCAACUUGCUCUUCAUUCUCAUGUUUGCUUUCUGCGGUGUUCUGGCUGGACCAAGCGAGUUGCCUGGCUUCUGGAUCUUCAUGUACAGAGUGAACCCUCUGACAUACGUCGUCGAAGGGUUCCUAGGCGUCAGUCUGGCAGACGCACCGGUAACCUGCAACCCCUCAGAGCUGCUCGAGUUCAGCGCGCCCGACGGAAACACCUGCGGUGACUACAUGGCGUCGUACAUCCAGAGCAAUGGCGGCUAUGUGGUCGACGCCAACGCGACGUCUUGCCAGUACUGCGGGAUGGCUGAUACCAACGAGUUCUUGUCUGGGAUGAACAUGAGCUUGAGCAACCAGUGGCGCGACUUUGGGUUCAUGUGGGUGUACAUCGUUUUCAACAUUGUCGUGGCUGCUGGACUGUAUUGGGUCAUGAGAGUGCCCAAGAAUGAUUUCAAAAAGCGGACUUGA